CCUUUAAAUCUCAGUGGAGUUCCUUUAAAAUGCAACCCUAACAUUUGAACAGUGUAUUUUACUGUGUUUUACAGGUAUGUAUAUGGUCCUCGGCUUCGUUUCCGGUAUGGUAUGCGUACUUAUCAUCGGCUUGAUAGUCUACCUUAUAUGCAGGUGUAGACAACCCGCAGACGACAAACAUUCCCGAUUAAACGACCAGACAAAUGAUCAAAAUGAUGACCAUAGCGUUCACUACAGUUCAAAAGACGACUCCGUCCAUAUUUCCCCGCCUCAUUCCGAUAUUACUUACGAUACAGUGUAUGAUUUGGAAACGGAAUCACCAUUUCGUCGAACGCAACGCCUCAUUCGGAUGGGUUCAGCUAAUUCUUGGAGACAUGCGCAGACACGUCGAAUGCCAACGGAUGUCAAUGAUCCCCCAGAAGCCGGUUACACGUGGCGGGGUAUGAUUGGUGGAGACGUUGAAAUAAUAAACACGGAAUUACGUCUUCAUGGAAUAGACCAAUCGCUUGCUAACAGAUAUGAUGAAGCCUCAGGUUAUGGAAGCGCGCACGCGAUUGUCGAGCACCAAGGUGCCCGUAGAGCAGACGACAGGAGUGACUUUGACGAAAUUGAAGCGUUGUAUGAUUUACCAGAACGCUCAGACAGUUUUGACUUUGAAAAAGGCAAGCGUAGGAGCGGUAAAAAUCCACGGAUUCCGACUGACCCCAGAUUCCUGGAAAUCCGCACGUCUCGAAGUUCCGAAUCAAACGAAGAAAAUAUCUAUGCAACCAUUAAGAAAACAUUUCAGAAGAUUAAAGACGAAAUGGCCGAAGAGGCGAAAAAAUCUGCCGAGGAUGAUGAAGAUUUAGAUAAAAUGACUUACACAGUGAAAUUAAAUUAACAGUUUUUGUCAUACUUGACAUUUUUCCAAGGUGACAGAAUUGGAUUUAAGUUGAUUUAUUAUAUCUAUUUAUUACAUCUUUGUGUUAUUUACAGCUUUUACUGACUUUAUUUGGACAAAUAUGAAUGCUUUAAGCGAUAAAUGACAGAGCGUACUUCGUCUUUUGACAUAUUUUACACCAAUGCAUAUUAACUACAUAAUUUUA